AUGAAGACCAAGGAUAAGUACAGCCAGAUGUCCGAGGAUCAUAUCAUGGCAGAGGAAGAGGAGUCCCAGAGUAGGGGUAUUGAGCAAAGAGAUCGCGCUCAAUACUUUGGCUACGACACGGUUGUGGAAGAGCACCCCGACUGGACAGAAGAGCAGCUCAUCGAGCACUGGAAGAAUCUCGUGGCGAAAUCGAAGGACAAGAUCACGGACGAGAACGGCGAAGUCUUCAUUGCAAAAGCUCUUGUCGACCACGUGAAGAACAACAUGGCCACCUCCCGCGUCAAGCGUCAGAAGAUCUGCAACAACGCCGACGACUUGAACGCUGCGGUGGAGGAUAACCUGAAGUCUAUGGAUCGAUUCUGGCGUACUUUGAAGCUCUCGCGCCCCAUCUCGAUGACGGCCAUUCCGUUUGAAGCGAAGCAGGUGGACACCAUCGGCUCUAACACCUCCGAGUCCAUCACGAACGCCCUCAGCAAAGCGGUCAUGCAGCAAACCGUUCAACAAAAUAUGAUGCAGCAACAGAUACGGCAAGCUCAGGAGGAGGCCGACAUGAUGGAGGAGGUGGCCGAUGACAUGCAGAAGAUUGCCCAGGCGCAGCAGGAGCAGAGUGAGCAGGCCAGGCAAUCACCCAGUGCCCAGAGGACUGCUUACACGACCCUCAAGACGUGCCUGAUCGAGACGUCGGCGAAGUUGAACUCCAGCAUCGUGAGGUUGCGGAACGACCUCGCGCAGCCCGAGAUGGACCUGUCCGCCAUGGAGGGAGAAGACGCGACGACGACCAAAGAGGCCGCGGGGUCCAUCAAGCUUUCUUGGGGCCAACUCGUGUUUCUACCGAGCCAGGUAGGAAGAGACACGAUGGGAUGGAAUCACGAUGGCCCCCGCAAGGAUAACGCCAAGUUCGAGGCGAAUGCCAAGGAUGCCUUCAACACCUACACUGAGAAUGUGAGAGUGUGGAAGGAGACUUAUCAACUCGACAAGCUUGCCCCCAAUGGUUCCGUCGCUGGUGACUUGGCGAACCUCUUGCAGCCCGCCCUGGAUGACUUCAAACGGAUGGCUGAGUGGAGGGCCUUCGCAAAAGGGGUUGAAAAGAAGAACAAGGCGUUGGAGAAGGCCCAAGCAAAGUCGAGUGCGGCCCGCAGUAGGCUCAACGCUGGGGCGCAGCAGGGGGGCGACGAGAGCUACGCGCCAGCGAUCGAGUCCCUCAUGCCCGACGUGCUCGACGGCCACUCACUUGACGGACUGGGCGUCAGCGACAAGGUGGCCGACUUCAACCAGACCAAGGCGGUGAAGUUCAAGGUCGAUGACCUGGGCGUGAUAGCAAACACUGGCAAUUACCAGACGCAGGUCAAGUGGGCCAAGGCUACCAUGAGCAAGGAUGGCCUCGAUUCGAUGGUCACCGAGAUCUCCAACAAGAAGCUCAACGACGUCGUGAAUAAGAUGUUCGCAGGCAUGGACUCGCGCAUCAAGCCUGCUUCGAACUUCUUCAUCACGUUCCCCCCGGAGCAU